GAUGCCCUGCAGCGGUGGUCGUCCCUGAUUGGGAUCAUCACGGCCAUUGUUGGCAACGUGCUGAUUGCGCUUGCUCUCAACGUUCAGAGAUAUGCGCACACGCGGCUGCACAAGGAGCGCAAGAGGAUAAAACAGGAGGCUCGGGCAGCCUUGAAACGAGCGCAAAGCAGUAACAGCAAUGGGAGCACGCAGGUCGGCGUCUAUGGCACCAUCAUCGGUGACGAUACAGGAGAUCAUUACCAAAAUGGCCACUCAAGUACAAACGGCAACGACCGAGGGCUGUACGAUGACAACUCGGAAGACGAGCAUGAAUUCGCCGAAGACGAGCCCCUGAUGGCAUCGUUUCAAUCCAGCGCAACGACGGCGAGUUCCGACACCGACACCAAACCAGACAAAAAACCAUCUUCGAACUACCUGAAAUCGCCAUACUGGUGGCUCGGCCAGAUCUUGAUAACGUUGGGAGAAGCAGGCAAUUUCCUAGCGUAUGGCUUUGCGCCGGCCUCCAUAGUCUCGCCUCUCGGAGUCGUUGCGCUUAUAUCCAACUGCAUCAUUGCACCCGCCAUGUUUCACGAAAAGUUUAGACCUCGCGAUUUCUGGGGCGUUGUCGUUGCCGUCUCUGGUGUUGUCACUGUUGUUUUGAGUGCGAGCCAAGAAGAGACGAAGCUGAAUCCUCAUGACGUAUGGGGAGCCAUUACUACGAUGGAAUUCGAAAUUUACCUUGGCGUUACGACAUUUCUCAUUAUUGUUCUCAUGUGGGCGAGCAGGAUGUAUGGCAAACGUACUAUCCUUAUUGACCUUGGCCUCGUUGGUCUCUUUGGUGGAUAUACCGCCUUGGCCACCAAAGGUGUAUCAUCCAUGCUCUCCACCAGCUUUGUGGCGGCUUUUACAACACCUGUAACAUAUGCCCUCAUAUUUGUCCUAUUAUCAACCGCCAUUAUGCAGAUUCGCUAUGUCAACAAAGCUCUAUCCCGCUUCGACUCGACUCAAGUCAUUCCCAUUCAGUUUGUCAUGUUCACACUGUGUGUCAUCAUCGGCAGCGCAGUGCUGUAUCGCGAUUUCGAAAAGACGAAUAAGAAGCAGGCUGCCAAGUUUGUUGGAGGCUGUCUUCUCACAUUCUUUGGUGUUUUUCUCAUUACGAGUGGGAGAGAGCACAGAGAUGAUGACGAGGACAUGCUGGAUGAGAGCGACGGCAUCGAAGAAACGAUUGGGCUGACGCAGCACGACGGUAGCGUCUCAUCUUCUGCGCUUCCUCAACUACGGCAUGACCAGCGGCGGCUUAGCGUGCCGGCUCCUAAAACCCCAUCUCGCCGAUCUAGUAGAAUGUCGCGAGUUAGCUUCGCUGACAGAGUCAAGCCAGAUUCGGCUCAUGGUGCCCUCGAAGUCCCCUCAACGCAUUAUUUCGAAUCAGCACACUCUCCAGCGCAUCUCAACGGCGACGAGGCACAUGUUCUUGUAAGCAAUCCAUGGCAAGGGCUGUGGGUAAGCCCUGACCCCCCUCGAGGGGCUCGCACGGUAUCAGCGGAAACCGUCCCCACGAGAUCUGGACUGGGUUCUACGCCUGUACAACCACAUCCUCUCUCAUCUUUCAAAGAUGCUCAGGUGACUCCAUCACAUUCCACCGACAGGCCGGUUACACCUCGAGCGUUACAUAGUUCCAAAUCGACCAAUCACCGAUCAAGACCAUUUAUUUCACCUUCACCUUUCUCUUCUACAGUCACCACAGCAGUCAAGGAUGUAAUCCUUCGCGAAAACGACAGCCCAGAGGCUGUUGCAUCUUCGCUACGACGCAUACGAUCUAGCAUUCGAGCGAGCUUAUUCUUUAAUAGCGAUGACGAGGAUGCCAUCAUGCCGGAGCGCAUUGCGGAACAGCCCAUUGUUCCUUACUCAGAUGAUAAUCUGCCCGAAGCCCUGGGUCAUGAGGAUGCCGGGCCAAGCACAACCGCAAAAGUCUCAAGGGGGAGAGCUCGAAGUCUGAGCGACACAAUUGGAGAGUUUUUCCGUCCUAAAAAGCAGAAGAAGCUGGAGACG